UCCGGGCGCCUUUCACCAGCGUAACCCACUAACGCUGUGUGUAUCUGUGAAAGAGAAAUCGAGCCUUGUUUACAGCAGCGACGAUUCAGCGGAGCCGAGCUGCAGAUACAGGACUUUACUACGCGCUUAUCUGAGAUGAUAACGAGGAGGACGGUGGUGAUAACAGCGAGAAUGAUAUACCUUCAGACCUGUCAAUGAAAACGUAUUUGGCCGGGAAAUAGGAAAACGGGGCACCCGUUUCUGUAGGAAGGAAAAAAAUCGGGUAGCUAGCGUGCUUGCUAACGUAAUUCAAAAUCUCAGAGCGAGCAGACGGGAGUAAAGGCGAGUGGAGAGCGAGGGGAAAACGGAGGACGGAGAGCUUGCAGUUGGCUAAAGCCGUUCUUUUCCAGCCCCGACUGGUGGCUAUUAUUUACAUAUUUCCUCCGUCCGUCUAUCUCUCCCUGUUAGGACUGUUCCUCUUUCCAUUCAUCUGAGGAAAACUAAUCACCUUGCUGCCUAUGAAGAUCACCACGCAUCCCCCUCCUUUCGCAUCCACGUCUCACCCAGCUAGCCUAGCUUUGCUUUGCUCCUGCUUAGCUUAGCCUGGCCGGCGUCUCGCGAAGCUUUUAUUCGGCUCGGCUCGGCUCUCGGCGCCGAAGAGUUGCGAAGAAAUGGAGUGCGAAGAUGCGGCUUCCCAGAUCGCCUCGUCGUGUUUUUCCCGGCUAUAUCCCUCGUUCGGCGUCUUUCAAGGAUAGUAAACGGAACCGAGUAGCGCUAAAACGCCCGUUGGCGGUCCAUGCCGAAGAAAAGGCGAGCUAGCGUUUGUUUGGCAGGCUAAGCUAACCCAAGCUACGCUAAGCUAACUGGAUUGAAAGAUCACUUUAUAACAACGGACUAACGUUAACGAAUCCCCGCAGGCUUCAGCAGCACUGCUGCUCGGCUUUUGUUUUUCUUUUCUUGACUGAAAAAGCGUUUUUUUUCUUCUUCGGCAAGGGAGAAAGCCAAAGCUAAGCCAGCUAGAUAAUAAGUUAAAAUAAUUUUGCUCAGUUUCGAAUUUUUUUCAGUCAGAGAGAAAACAAAACGCUGUGAAGUAACUCCGUUACAGACCUCCGCCUCAGCCCCAACCGCCGAAGUUCGUUUCUGAAUCUUUAUUUUCUUUGCUCCCUUUUUUUUUUUUAUUUAAAGAAAACAAGUGUUUACAGGAAUGAGGUCUUGGAGAGCAAGGAAUCGUUUGACCUUAUUUUGUGGUCUGCUGCUGUCCCUCUUCACUAUUUGCCCAUGGCCCGCAAACGGAGAAAUCUGUGGUCCAGCCAUCGACAUUGGAAACGAAAUCAGCGAUUUCAAGAAACUGGAGAACUGUACGGUGGUUGAGGGCUACCUGCAGAUUCUUCUUAUCGGAGGCAAGAACAACAACAAUCAGGAGGUCUUCCGCACCCUCAGUUUCCCCAAGCUGACCAUGAUUACAGACUAUCUUCUCCUCUUCCGUGUUGCUGGUCUGGACAGUCUGAGCACCCUUUUCCCGAACCUUACGGUCAUCCGAGGCCGCAAUCUCUUCUACAACUAUGCUCUGGUCAUAUUUGAGAUGAACAACUUGAAGGACAUUGGCCUCUACAGCUUACGGAACAUCACUCGAGGCGCAAUACGGAUUGAAAAGAACCCGGAGCUCUGUUACUUGGAUUCUGUUGACUGGUCCCUCAUUAUGGAUGCUGAUUUUAACAACUUCAUUGCGGGAAACAAGAAGGCCAAAGAGUGUGGAGAUGUCUGCCCAGGGAUCAUGGAGGACAAACCGUUAUGUAUCAAGACCACCUUCAGCGAUAAUAGCAGGGACCGCUGCUGGACCUCCAACCACUGCCAGAAAGUGUGUCCGAAAGAGUGCGGGCAGCGCGCGUGCACAGUCAACAACGAGUGCUGCCACCCUCAGUGCCUGGGCAGCUGCACGGUGCCGAACAGUGACAGGGCCUGUGCCGCCUGCCAGCACUACUACCACGAGGGCCGCUGCGUGCAGGACUGCCCCCCAGGCACCUACAAGUUUGAGGGCUGGCGUUGCAUCACCAUGGACCUGUGCUCCAGAGUCCACCUGCCCGAUUAUGACCGUUUCGUCAUCCACGGAGGAGAGUGCAUGGCAGACUGCCCACCAGGAUUCACCCGCAACGAGAGCCAGAGCAUGUUCUGUAGUGCCUGUGAUGGCUUAUGUGACAAGAUCUGUGAUGGAAAAGUGAUAGACUCUGUGGAUUCUGCACAGUCACUAAAGGGCUGCACUGUUAUUAAAGGCAGCCUGCAUAUCAACAUCCGCCGUGGCAAUAACAUAGCAUCUGAGCUGGAGAACUUCCUAGGCCUCAUCAAGACAGUGACUGGAUAUUUGAGGAUCAGUCAUUCUCACACUCUGGGCUCGCUGUCCUUCCUCAAGAGUCUUCGCUACAUCAAUGGAGAGGACCUCCAUGACGAACUGUAUGCCUUCUCUGUGGUGGAUAACCAGAACCUCCAGUUUCUGUGGGACUGGUCACAGCACAAUCUGACCAUCAAUACAGGGAAGCUCUUCUUCCGAUUCAACCACAAGCUGUGCAUGUCUGAGAUUCGUAAGAUGUGGCUGAAUACAGGCAUCAAGGAGAAGUUUGUUGAAGAAGACUUCCGGAAUAAUGGAGACCGUGCAAGCUGUGAAAGCAAAAUCCUGAAGUUCAUCAACAAUAGCACUGGGAGUAACACGAUAACAUUGACGUGGGAGCGAUAUCGACCACCAGACUACAGGGACCUUGUCAGUUUUGUAGUGUACUACAAAGAAGCGCCUUUUCAGAACAUCACUGAGUUUGAUGGUCAGGAUGGCUGUGGAUCAAAUAGUUGGAUGACAGUGGAUGUGGACUUGCCCCAGGAUGAAAACAAAAACCCUGGAAUCCACCUGUCUGGCCUCAAGCCCUGGACCCAGUAUGCCAUCUUUGUGAAGGCUGUCACGUUGGUAGUGGAGGACAAAGACAGACACAUUCUCGGGGCUAAGAGUGAGUUGGUGUACAUUCGGACGAAGCCUUCAGCACCCGCAAUGCCUGCCGAGGUUCGCGCCUACUCUAACUGGUCCAUAAGUCUGGUUGUCCGAUGGUCUCCUACUGCGUCUCCUAAUGGGAAUCACACCUACUAUCUUCUCCGCUGGCAACAGCAGGGGGAAGACCGUGAACUCUACCAACACAACUACUGUUCCAAAGAACUAAAAAUUCCCAUCAGGAUGUCAGCUACAGGGGUAACGGACAUCACAGAGGACACGAUGCCCACCAAUCCAGACUCAGUGGGACGAGACAAAACCCCUUGCUGUCCAUGCCCUAAGACGGAAAAGGAGAUGAAACGGAGAGAUGAUGACACUUAUUACCGUAAAGCAUUCGAGAACUUCCUCCACAAUUCCAUCUUCAAGCCCAGGCCUCAUGACCGACGAAGGAGGGACCUGUUUGGCGUGGCCAACUCCACGUUCAUCCACACCCUGCUAGGGCCCAACGGUAGCCUAUCAGAGGGCAAUUUCUCUCACCCAGAGCAUCCCAGGCAGGAAUUUUCUUUCUUUGAGAGGAAGGUGAAGGAGAGGAGCGCUGAGAUAAGCGACCUGCAGCCCUUCACCGUCUACCGCAUCGACCUGCACGCCUGCAACGAGGAGGUCCAGCAGUGCAGCGCCCCCACCUUCGUCUUCUCCAGGACCAAACCGGCUGACAAAGCAGAUGACAUUCCUGGCCCAGUGACGUGGGAAGGUCAGGAGGACUUUGUCAUUCUGAAGUGGCCGGAGCCAGUCAGGCCCAACGGCCUUAUCCUGCUCUAUGAGAUCCAGUUCCGCCUGGGCCCCGAGCUGGAGAAGCAUGAGUGUGUGUCCCGUCAGCACUAUAAGGAGCACCGAGGCGUGCGGCUCACUAACUUGGGGCCAGGGAACUACUCGGCUCGUGUGCGGGCCACUUCACUGGCGGGGAACGGCUCAUGGACAGAACCCAUAGCUUUUUAUGUGCCACAGCUUGAACGGUACGAAAACUUGAUCUAUUUAGUGAUCAUCCCCAUCGUGAUCUUUCUGGCCUUACUUGGCACGGGCCUGGCUCUGGUCAAUAAGAAAAGGAAAAGUGACAGGCUGGGAAACGGAGUUCUGUAUGCCUCAGUCAACCCAGAGUACUUCAGUGCAGCUGAAAUGUAUGUACCUGAUGAAUGGGAAGUGGCACGAGAGAAAAUCACCAUGUGCAGAGAACUGGGCCAGGGCUCCUUCGGAAUGGUGUAUGAAGGCAUCGCUAAGGGUGUCGUCAAGGAUGAGCCUGAAACCAGGGUGGCUAUAAAAACAGUCAACGAGUCGGCUAGCAUGCACGAGCGCAUCGAAUUUCUUAAUGAAGCGUCGGUCAUGAAGGAGUUUAACUGUCACCAUGUGGUGCGUCUGCUGGGCGUGGUCUCACAGGGACAGCCCACUCUAGUGAUUAUGGAGCUCAUGACACGGGGAGAUCUGAAGAGUUAUCUACGAACGCUACGGUCCAAAGAGAAUACAUCCAGCCUGCCUUUGCCACCCCUGAAGAAGAUGAUUCAGAUGGCUGGAGAGAUAGCAGACGGCAUGUCAUACCUCAAUGCUAACAAGUUUGUCCACCGAGACUUAGCAGCCAGGAACUGCAUGGUAGCUGAAGACUUCACAGUCAAAAUCGGAGAUUUUGGCAUGACGCGGGACAUUUACGAGACCGAUUACUACAGAAAGGGUGGGAAGGGACUGCUGCCUGUGCGCUGGAUGUCUCCAGAAUCCCUCAAAGACGGAGUCUUCACCACCAUGUCUGACGUGUGGUCAUUCGGGGUGGUGUUAUGGGAGAUUGCCACCUUGGCAGAGCAGCCCUAUCAGGGCAUGUCCAACGAGCAGGUAUUGCGCUUCGUCAUGGACGGAGGCCUGCUGGAUAAGCCUGACAACUGCCCAGAUAUGCUGUUUGAGCUGAUGCGCAUGUGCUGGCAGUACAACCCCAAGAUGCGGCCAUCCUUCCUGGAGAUUAUCAGCAGCAUCAAAGAUGACCUGGAGCCGCCCUUCAGGGAGGUCAGCUUCUUCUACAGCGAAGAGAACAAGCCUCCUGACACAGAGGAGCUGGACAUGGAGAAGGUGGGCACCAUGGAAAAUGUUCCACUGGAGCCUUCUACCAGCCUGCAGCCACUUACGCCUGCUUCAGCCUCGCCCCCACAGGGCGUCCAGGCCCAGAGCCCCGCCGUCCCAGGACCUUCUUCACCCCCUCCUUCGUCCCCAGGCUCCUCGGGACUGGACAAACGCACAGGCUCUGGCUCAGGGUCCAUUUCCUCAGCCAACGGGCCAGCCGUGGUGCUGCGGAGCCCGUUCGACGAGAACCAGCCUUACGCGCACAUGAAUGGCGGCCGGAAAAACGAGCGUGCCUUGCCCUUGCCCCAAUCAUCAGCGUGCUGAUCCACACCCACCCCUCUCAUUUCACCCUUCAGAUCUCUUUCCUCGGUCACAUUGAGCCUCUCUCUUCUUGCCUGGAGCACCCCUGCCCCACAAGGUCUGUCCAAUCACAUCAUCCUUUCUGGAAUGGAAAUGGACAGAAAAGAAAGUAGGUGGGGCUUAAUGGUUUAAAAAAAAAAAAAAACAUGGUGAAAGGAGUCCAGGCUGUACCUUCGAUCAUACCUCAAUGGACGCUGUUUUUGAGGUUUUUUUUUUAUUAUUAUUAUUCUUUUUUUCUUUUGUCUUUGUGGCGCAAACCUCCAGAAGUACAGAGAAACAGAACACUGACUGAAAAGGAAAAGAGAAAAAUAAAAUAAUAACUUCCAAGGAGUUCCCAACUCCCUCCUGAGAGCUGGACUGCUUUUAUACUGUUUUUUGUUACUUUUAUAAAUUUCCAAAUAGGGGAAAAAAAGAGUUUAGAAGCCUAAAUGAAAUCAGUCAUUGGUAAGGUGGCAUUAUUGUACAGCAAAAUGGAGCAUAUCUUUUAAGCAAAUUCAAGAGAGAAGCACUUGGUGGGGGGGUGGGGGUCAUGUCUUUGUUUUUGGUCUGUGUGUCCAAAGACAUGCUGUACAGUGCGUGGUGGCACUAAAGAGAGAGUGCCAGAGGUUUUUUUUUUCUUGACUAUGUGCUCUCAUGUCACUGUAUCCCCCCGCCUCAGAGCAGUACAGGGGGGUUUUCAGUGGCCCCUUAUAGCUGUGGCUUAAAGCCAGGGGCCGCUGAACUGGGCAACGGGAGUUAAAACCCCACACUGUUGGAGUUAUCCUACCGGAAAUUCAGAUUGGUAGAGCAGAAAGGUCUCAAACCUGCCAUUUUUUUUUUUUUUUCCUUUUUUUUUUUUUUUGGCCAAAA